UGAAUCAGCUUUUGAGAGGAGGGGAGUUUUUCCAAGCACGAAAAGCCAGCUUUAAAAACGGGGUCUCGCUUCCUCCAAGGUCCUGCCACAAGCACGGAUCAAGCAUUUCAAAGGCGUGAGUCGUGACGGAUAUUUUCGAUUUGCCAGCCGGGGGCGUGGAAGUCUCUUGCUUCCUUUUAGAAUUUAUUAGACUGAGCCGCUCAAGCUUUUUUUUUAAAAGAUAAAUAAAGGGCGAUCCGCUUGAUUUUUGACGCCACUCUGCGUGAACACACAUAAAAGGUUUGCUUAUUUUCGUCAUUAUUCCACAAUGGGGUGAACAGUGCUUCAGUGUGCACAGAGCUCGUGUGCAAAGCUCCCACUUCCACAGCCACGUGCUGCGUUCACCAGCGCUUACUCCCAAAGGGGGAAAGCGUGCGUAAAAGGAUCGCCGCCUCGGAUUCUUUUUUUCCUUCCCCGCGCCGCCUCCAGCCAUGCUUACCCACGCCUCGUGCCGGUGAUUGGAAGGCGAGGCAGCUAGCGGCGGGUACAUGCGAGAAGGGGGCGGAUCGGUGCCUCCUGGAAGAGGAGGAGCGGCGGCGGCAGUGGAGGGAAGGUCAUACCGCUUUAUAGAAAGAGGGGAGGAGAAAAGGAACCGCUCCAAUUGCCCGCUGUGUCUACUGAACCGGGCGGGGGGUAACGCUCUUGAUCAACGCGUUUCGCCUUUGGCGCUUUUUCUGGAUUUGCUCUGCCACGCGCGGGCGCGCUUUCUUCUAAUUCUUCAAAGCGUUGGAGCAGAGGGCGCCGCGGGGGGUGGGGGAGUGAGGCGUGGAGGUGAGAAAGGGAGCCGGGCGCGCGAUUGGACACUCCGCGUUCUAAAGAGGCUGCUCGUUACUCAGCGUUCCGAAAGGCUCGGCCGAGCAUUCCAAUCCGCAUCCGGCGCUUCUCUCCUCCUCCUCGCGCUCCGAAAGCUGCAACUGAACGUUCUAAGAACGCUCCCCCUCGACGCGUUCUAAGAGGAGGCGCCGUUCUUUCUUUGCUGAGCGCGCGGUGGAAACAGCCUUUUAUUAUUUUUUUCCCCCUUCUCUUUUCGCGACCGCCCCCUCGCACGAGGAAUCCGAGCAGCGGUCGUUGCAAUUCCGUUUACUCCCCCCCACCGCUCCCUUUUCAGUUCCCCUUCCCUCCUCCUCCCCCCCUGAGCCUUUUCUUCCGCAGAGCCCAGCGGCCAUGGAGGGAGUCGGCGCGCUGCUGGCCGGCUGCCCCACCGCCGGCCUGGCCGGGGGCCUGGGGGUGACUGUGUGCGCCGCUGCCGGCGGAGUCCUGCUGUACAAAAUCGCCCGGAGGAAGAAACCCACCCACAUGACCGUGAAUUGCUGGUUCUGCAACCAGGACACCGUGGUUCCGUACGGGAACCGGAACUGUUGGGAUUGCCCCAACUGCGAGCAGUACAAUGGCUUCCAAGAGAAUGGAGAUUACAACAAGCCGAUCCCAGCUCAGUACAUGGAGCAUCUGAACCACGUUGUCUCUGGGGCCGGCGCCUUCUACGACCCCACCAAGCCCCAGCAGUGGGUGAGCAGCCAGGUCCUUCUCUGUAGGAAGUGCAACAACCAUCAGACCAUGAAGAUUAAGCAGCUGGCGUCCUUCACUCCCCGGGAGGAGGGCAAGUACGACGAGGAGAUUGAGGUGUACAAGCAUCACCUGGAGCAGACCUACAAGCUCUGCCGCCCUUGCCAGGCCGCAGUGGAGUACUACAUCAAGCACCAGAACCGGCAGCUCCGCGCCCUGCUGCUUCGGCACCACUUCAGCCACCGGAAGACAGACAAGACCUACAUGCAGAGUUUUUAUGCUGCGGCUUCGUCCACCACCACAGCCACAACCACAACCACACCAGCCCAAGUGAUUGCUCUCCGGUUCCUGGCCUUCCUCAGCUGCGUUGUUCUCGUCACGAUGGCCUUGUACGGGUCGGGCAACCCGUUCUCCCCUGAGCAUGCAACUCCUCCUGCUCCCGCAAGCCCUGGGCCAGCGAGGAACGACACUGGCUCAUCGCCACCAGCAGUGCCACCGGGCAAUGGCACUCUCCUGGAAGUCCUCAGCUGGCAGGAAGUGAUCCGGCUGUUGCCAGAGCAAGUCGUGGAGACUCUGAGAGUGGCUUGGUCUUACGGGAAGAAUCACCAGAUUGCGGUUGUCGUCCUUGGUCUUCUGACGUGCUCCUUAGCCAUGCUGCUGGCGGGACGAAUUAGGCUUCGCCGGAUCGACGCCUUUGCCUCUGUCCUGUGGCUCCUGGUGAUGGGCUUCCACUUGGUGGAGCGCUACCUGCAGGCAGACACCCCCAGCUGGCUCGACACAGCCAAGUUCGGCACCACCUCGCUGUGCUGCCUGGUGGGCUUUGCGGCUGCUGUGGCCACCCGGAAACCAACGGGCCAGCGGAGACCCCGGCCCCGAAGGUACCUCUCUGGGGAUGGUUUCUCUCCGUUUCCGUACAGCGUUGAUCUUGGCUUUCCGUCGCCUCCUUCUUCUCCCUCCAUCUUCAUCCCGACUCCUCCCAGCAUGCUUCCACUGACCAGCCAGACACUCUUCCGCUCACCGCGCCGGACUUCCUCUUCCUCUCUCCCUGGAAGGCUGAACCGGGCCCUCUCCCUGGGCACUAUCCCUUCUCUGGCCCGAACCGAUUCUGGCUACCUCUUCAGCGGAAGCCGGCCACCAUCCCAGACCUCUCACUCCAAAGAGUCUCCUACAUCAGAAUAUUUUUCCCUCCUCUCGGGGAGCUGCGUCUCCUCUCCUGUGCCUUCGCCGGCACCGUCCGUGGCCGGCUCCGUGGCUUCCAGCUCUGGCUCCCUGCGUUACCGACGACCCCUCAUCAGCCCUGCCCGGCUCAACCUGAAGGGCCAGCGGCUGAUGCUGUUCUCGGCCCACAGCGAGGCCCAGCAGCAGGAGGACCUGGCCCACUCAGAGAGCAACGUUUUCACCACGGAGCUGCCCUCCUUUCCGAAAAGGAACCUAAGUGAGCGGGGACUGCAUGAUAUGAGAGCCAUAACGGAAGCUGGGAGCAUCUGCAGCGACGGCACUGUCAAGAAAGGGGAGAACUCAUCGCACUCGUCGAGCUGCGUGGUGGACACCACGACGAAAGGGGAGGAACUAACAGGCUGGAGGGGCCGUUUUGGCAACUCAGCGCUCCGAGGUCUCCUUGCCGUGAGCCUGACCGUCAACGCCAUCUUCACGUCUGCCUACCUCUACCAAAACCUGCGCUGAGCCACGUUCCUGGGGACUGAUGGCCAAACCACCACCGCCACUUCCUCUUUGUCCUCUCCCAAAGUGUUGCCACACUCCUUCCAAAGAGAGAGAAGGGGGGGUGGCGAUUCUAGGAUGAGGAGGACCCAACCACUGUGCAGCCCUUCCGUCGUCAUAUCUGCCUCCUGGCCAGCCGCAAACUGAUCACAAGAGAACACACAUACCCCCAAUCCAUCGCUGCUGAUCUCGCCUAGAAGCAGAACACUUUCUCUUUUUAGGGAACUUUUGUGACCCAUGCUGGGCGAUGGUGGGGCUGUUUCAGCCAGUGCUGGGCUUCUCCAGUUACUUUGCACCUUUUUUUGAACCGGUUUAUCAGGAUGAGCUCAAAGAUGCUGGCCAAGGGACUUUCUUCCUCCCCUUGUUUAAUGAUGAAACGUUAGCGUUGCUGACGUCUUGUUUGCAAAAGGACUGGGAAACAUGCCGUUUUGGUCUCUGAUAGUUCCAUGCCGUUUCGUUGCUUCGUUGGCCUCGUUAUACCUAACAAGACUUUCUCUCAGUUUCCCCCUCUCUCUAGUGAGAGAAGGAGAGGGAGAACCAGCACAUAAACUCAGUUGCUCUGUGGCGUUCUUUUUCACCCUGGUUCCUUAACCACUUGCCACUCAGCUGCAGUUCAUUUAUUGGUGCUGCCAUCGUAUCUGUUUGUACUUGUUUGCAAUGUUUUGCGGAUUGGUGGAUUGUGGGGGUUUUGUUUUUUUUUAAGUCAGUAUCCAGUAUCGUAGCUCCAUUUUUGCCUCACGUACAGGCACCACUUCUACUGUAACAAGACGUUCUGAUGUCACUGAUAUACACUCCGGCUCUCAACGGCCAGGGUGUUCGCUGGGUGUAUCUGAGUUGGAUUUUUGAGAAAUUUGCUCUCAACGUGGUGUACUAGAAAUGCCACAACUGGGAGGCAAGGGGAUGUAGAAACUGGCCACUGUUUGCGGCUUCAGAGGUCUGUCUCCCACUGCAUCUGUGACGUGUGGAUAUCUUCAUUCAAAACUUCUAUAUAUAGCCAAAAGCUGAAGUAGGUCAGGUUAAGGAAUUCUGCCUUGUGCUGCAAAACUCAAAAAUGAAAUUGGUGCUUGCUAUAUCACUUGGACUGUGUUUGGAUUGCACACAUACAAUCUAACCCGUUAGCUGGAACGGGUUACAUGACUGUACCUCUGAGCAACAAAUAAGUAAAUCCCUGCACUUAAAAAGCUAGCAAGUUGGGGAAGUUUGAACUGACACUCUAGUUAUCUGUGUGCAGGGAUUUUAUUUUAUUUUUAGUUUAUAUAUAUCAAUCAAUCAGGUAUUAUGCUGCCACCUGCUAUCUGGUGGUAGAGUCUAGACACAUGUCAACCACCUCCUGCUCGUCAUCUCUUUUAGAGAACCAGAUCACAGGUGCUAGGUCCAAAAACUUACCCCUCUCCUAAAAGUAAUUCCAAAACGUCUCACUUCACAGGCUUCCAGUCCUACAUUCUACAUGCUGUAUUUUUUGGUGGGCAUCCAAUCACCGCCAGUUAACAUGGGCAGAAACCCAAAUUUUAAUUCCUCCCAAGAAAUUGCUCCUCUUUCUUCGGGGUAUUCCCAAAAGUUAAAUUCUGCCGCCGCCACCCAGGAAAAUGUGCCCAUUGCCAAAUAGCUCAGCUUUUUUUGUUGCACUUACAGAAAAUUUUUCAGACUUGAGGUGUGUAAUUCUGUGCCGCGACGUGACUGCUCACCAACAGUGAAAUUAAGCCUGUGAUUUUACACCUUACCUGGUGGGGAGGUUUGUUUGUAAGCAGGCUGUAUUUCUUUGUAGUACUCUAUUCCAGCAACAUCUGAAGGGAAGGCCACAGGUUACCCACCACACUGUAAAUAUCUUUCCAUCUUUCAAACCACCUUUGGCUCUCUGUGGGGCAGGUGGGGAGCGAUCACUCUGCUCUCUCUGCCUAAGGAGGGAGGAGGGAGACAGAAUCCUUUGCACAUGGUGCUAAAACACACUCGGUCGCAAUCACUCUGGUGCAAAUUCUUCAAAUCACAGCGCGCCCAAGUAAAAUGGGGUAAAGGUGUCUUGAAAGCACCACGUCUGUGUCUUAAUUCCUUUCCGCCUUAAUGCAAUUGAUGUGUUUCUUUGUCUUGCUAUUGUCCUUUCCCCUCGCACAAAGUGUGGGGGGGAACCGCUUGAUGAUGCCAAUUUUUAUUUAUUUAUGUAUAUAUAUAUUGCCCUGUCAGUUAGAAGCAAACAACAACAACAACAACCCACCAUUUCACUCUCUUCUUGAAUUUGAAUGCAGCACAACCACCUGCGUUUAAAUAACUAUCAAUUCUCAACUAAGAACCUGGGUUUAAGUGGCCAAUUCCUUUAUGGGAGCAAAGGGUGGGGAAUAACAGUUGUUUGCCCAUCAGCCUUCCGUGUCCAAGAAAACAUUUAAAAACACACAUGUACACUGUUCGCAACAGACAGAGAGGGGAUUGGCUGCUGACCCUCUUUUUCUGAUGGGGUUACAGGCACGUGGUGAUAGUUCUGUACAUAUAGAAUGCAUCCUUUGAGCAGCUUAUCCAGGAGCCUCAUGAGGACUAGUUCCCUGACGAAUGUAAAAACAACUGCCUUCAGGAGUUAACUCUUACUAUCGAAAUACACUGUGUUCCUGAGAGGCUUGAAUUUUGGGGGUUGGGUGGGGAUUUGGUGGGUGGGAGUCUUAAGAGAAGAAAAAUGGCAGAGUCCUGGUUUUGAUGUUCCUCCACUGGGAAACGUUGUACAUUUUGUACUUAAUAUGACUGUGGGGUGGGGUUAACUUUGUACAGUUUGGUUAGAAAUUUGUGUCUUUAGUUUGGAUGUGAGGGGUUUUGUUCUUUUCCCUCUUCUUGCCCCCUACCCCUGCCAUUCCUCCAGGGAGUUUAUGUUCUGUGUUUGAGAGAUUAUUUUUCAUUAUAAAAGUGGAGAAUAAAAAUUAAAUUGAAUCUUGA